UCUAAAAAUCACAGUAUCGUUUCAAAAAUAACGUUAUAAAUAUAUGCAGCUGUUAUCUUAUCUGAAAUUAGAGUACAACUUUGUUUCUUUCUUCAGUGUUUCUUUUCAAGAUACCUUUUUGAUAAGAACUGAGGAAGUACAUUCAUCUAUAGCAUACUAUGACAGCGGAAAGACUACCGUUAUUUGAAGAAGAUAAGACAUAUAUUAAUGAAGACCAUAUCCAUUCAUUUGCAAAAGCAUUAGUGUGGGAAGAAGAUGAUCUGGAAACAUCUCCAACCACACCUUCAGGAGCAGACUGGUUAAGUCGAGCUUCACUGUAUGCUGACUUCCCCGAGGAAGCAGCUCUUGCAGAAGCAGAUCAAAUCACUGACGUGGAUGGUGAGCAAUCAGCAAUCUCAUUAACACCUGUUAUCAAGCCAGAUCUCAUCACUUCCAAAAAUGAUUGGUUCCCCCUUACGAAUAAUGUUACUUCAUCCAGUCCUGGAUCAAGAAGACAAUCGAAAUCACAUGGAAGGAGGAAAUCAAUCAGACCUAGAUCUAAACCUAAAUCAUCAGGUUCAUCACCAUUUAAGAAUUUACGAAAUGAAUUUCGCAAUAGUAUUAGUUACACAAUAUUGCGAUGGCCCUUAUUAAUAUUAGUCCUAUUAUGGAUUAUAUUCCUUGGAGCUAUUUAUUUAUCUAUCAGAUUAUAUGUUGCAUUGCUGGAAUAUUACUUUACAUGGACAGGACAUAGGAAAAGAUUAAGAGAUAGAUUACGAGGUUCAACAAGUUAUCAAGAAUGGAUUCAUAAUGCUCUUGAAUUAGAUAAGUAUCUUAAUCUUGAUAAAUGGUCUGAAAACCCUCGAUUUUCAUAUUAUGAUUCUAAAACCAUCCAAUUAACCAUAAUGAGAUUGAAAGCUUUAAGAGAAAGUAAUAGAGAUGAGGAUUUAAUGUUAUUUUUACAAGGUUGUAUAAAGUCAAAUUUCGCUGGUAUCGAAAAUAGACAAUUAUAUUCUCAUCGUUAUUAUGGAACCAAAUAUUUGGUAAGUGAAUAUUAUCAAGAAGUGGUGCUAAGUAUUAAUAAAAUCAGUGAAUCAAGUCAAUUAUCUCAAUCUACAAGAAGAAAAUUCUUUAGAAUUGUACUGAAGAAUUAUGGUAAAACUGCUUUAUGUCUUAGUGGAGGUGCUUGUUUUGCUUAUACUCAUUUUGGGAUUGUCAAAGCAUUACUUGAUAAUGAUUUAUUACCAACUGUUAUAUCAGGCACAUCAUGUGGUGGUUUGGUAGCGGCCCUCGCAUGUACGAGAACCGAUGAAGAAUUAAGUAAACUUUUAGUACCAGAAUUAGCUCGAAAGAUUACUGCUUGUGAAGAUCCAUGGUAUAUUUGGAUGCCACGACUUUGGGUAACUGGUGCAAUGUUUGAUGCUGUUACUUGGGCUCGUAAAUCAUGUUUUUUCACUCGUGGUUCAACUACUUUCCAGGAAGCUUAUGAACGUACGGGACGGAAAUUGAAUGUUUCAACCGUUCCUUCAGAUCCUCAUUCACCUGUGAUUUUAUGUAAUAGUAUCACUUCACCUAAUUGUAUUAUUUGGUCAUCAUUAUUAGCUUCAGCAGCUGUUCCGGGUAUCUUAAAUCCAGUGGUCCUAAUGAUGAAAAAUCCUAAUAAUAAUCAAGUGGUUCCAUUCUCAUUAGGUAAUAAAUGGAGAGAUGGAUCUUUACGUACUGAUAUUCCUAUUGAUUCAUUGAAUACUUAUUAUAAUGUCAAUUUCCCUAUUGUUUCUCAAGUUAAUCCUCAUAUUUCCUUAUUUUUCUUUGCUCCAAAGGGUACAGUUGGUAGACCAGUUGCUAGUCCAAGAAGUAGAACUUAUAAUGAAAAAUAUGCUUAUUUAAGAGGAGGAUUCAUUGCUGCUGCUUUAGAACAACUUUUGAAAUUGGAAAUUACAAAAUGGUUAAGAUUGAUAAAAUCAUUGGAUUUAUUACCUCAUGUUAUGGAACAAGAUUGGCUGAAUAUCUUUUUACAAAGAUUUUCUGGUGCUAUUACUAUCUGGCCUAGGAAUAGAUUAGUUGAUUUUUGGUAUAUUUUAAGUGAUCCAACUGAAGAAAGAUUAGCGGAAAUGAUCUUAAAGGGGGAAAAAUCGAUGUUUCCAAGAUUAUUAUUCAUAAAACAUAGAUCGAGCAUCGAGAAAGCAAUUGAGAAGGGAAGAACUUUAUCGAGAUUAUCAAAUGAAACGAAACAACCUGUAUUUUCAUCUAGUGAGGUUCAAAAUGAUUUUGAAUUUUAUCAACCUGUAUAUGAAGAUGAUGGGGAAGAUCUUGAUGACGAUGAUGAUUUCGAAGGAGAUCAUACUGAGAUAGCAUUUAGGAAAUCAUUAUCUGAACAAAGAAUUGAACUUGGUGAUAUCUUGGAUGAAAUUAAUGCAGGCAAUAGUGCCGAUGAUGAAGAAGAGGAUGAUGAUGAUUACGUGCCUGAUGAUGAUGAGGAUGAUGGGGAAGAAUAUGAGAGUAGUAGUGUGACAGAUGAACAUUCCAGUUCUGAUGCUGAAGAAACUGGUAAGAAGAACUUUAUAAGAUCAAUAUUUGAUAAUUCGACCUUCAGUAGAAGAAGACGAAAUACGGUAUUUUAAUCAAAUAUUUACAUUGUAUUAUUAUUAUUAAUUAAUUAAUUACAUAUUAUUCUAUAGACUU